AUGCCAUCUCGACACAGCGUCGCCGAGGAGUCGGUCCGCGCGGAUUUCUUCGACGGCUCCUCCUCCGCCAACGCCAACGCCAAGCUCAGCCGUCGCGACCGCUUCGCCCGCACUACCACACGCGCGCGCACUGCCGCUGCCCGCGCCGCAGACAAGGGUGCCAGGCUCCCGCCAGAGAUAUUCCUCCGCAUCAUCGAGUUUGCUAUGAUCAGCCCCGACCCCAUCAUCGACCCGCUGACCAAACCGGACAACCGGAGCAAUACUUGUGUCUGUGCGCCUGCAGAGGCUGUGGAGCGCCUGCCUACCUCUAUGCUCAGACAAGCCGCCGGCCGUGGUUCUCGCACAAAAUGUGUUGCUAAAUGACUGGCCAUUUGCUCCUAAGUACUUAUGAGGAAUCCCCAGCACCUGCUGCGAAGGGUCUGCCUAGUACUGUCCUUGGGAAGUGUUGCGAGAAUCUUACUGAGUGAACCUGUACGGUUGAGUUUUAUAUUUCGUAUCCGCAGGCUCCGGUUUGGUGGUCUACAUGUGUUUGAUCGGAGUUGUGCGUUUUACAUUCUAGGAAUGACGCUAACUAAGCUGAGUAGGAGACGAGAACACGACGGGUGCCGCAGCCACGUUUGCCGCGAGCACUAUCGUCCCGGCGGACGGCGACAACCUAGCACUGUCACCUCCCAAGCCACCUCGUCAGCCACCAAGGCCAGCACUUGGACC